CAAUUUUCAAUCAUCAAUACAUGAAUGAAAAUAAUUUAGAAACGUAGCAUUAAUAAACUAGAAGUGCAUAAUCACAAGGAACAUAUCAAACUAUUAAAUCAGGUCAUAUUGAACUAUAAAUCAAUACUAAUAAUCUAAUAAAUGAAGAAAGUUCAUAUUCUAAGGUUCCUCAAACUAGAAAAUCAGAAAAACUAUUUUGUUCAAAAUGUAAUAUUGCUGUAGACUCUGAUAUUGCAUAUGAAAUGGGUAAAGGAAGCUAUGUAGCAAUUGUUAUUUUACUUGCUUUGAUAAUUACAUCUUUUUUUGCUUUUAUCCCUUGUUUGCUUAACAAUUGCAAAGACGUGCAACAUAGAUGUUCCAAAUGUACAAAACUAUUAGGCACUAAAUAGUUCUUGUUUGGAUGA